GCUUCCGGUCUGCUGAGGCUCCGCUUGGGCGCGUUGCGUGGUUUGUGUCGCGCGGAGGUAGGCCUCUGUGAGCAGGGCGGGAGGUGAGGAAGCCGGAGACCGCGUCCGACUCCACAGUCCAGAUUCCAGCGGGAGCGCGCGACAGAAAGGAGCCAGGAACCUCGAAACGACGUGUCCGCUGUUUCCGAGGGGGCAACUUCCACGAGGAACUCCCCUUCCCUGGUAACGGCCAGAAAGGAGGAGAUGGCGCCAGUCAGGGAGCGGCUGUGGCCCAGGCAGUGAGGGAAGCUUAAGGCGGAGCGAGCGGGAAGCGUCGGGAGAAGUGUCGGAGCCCUCGCUGCCAUCGCCGCGGCCGCCGCCAUGGAAGGAGCCAAGCCGACGUUGCAGCUCGUGUACCAGGCGGUGCAGGCGCUCUACCACGACCCAGAUCCCAGCGGCAAGGAGCGCGCCUCGUUUUGGCUUGGGGAGCUGCAACGUUCGGUUCAUGCCUGGGAGAUUUCUGAUCAGUUGUUACAGAUCCGACAGGAUGUGGAAUCAUGCUAUUUCGCUGCCCAGACCAUGAAAAUGAAGAUUCAGACCUCAUUUUAUGAGCUCCCUACGGACUCUCAUGCUUCUUUAAGGGACUCAUUGCUAAUUCAUAUUCAGAACUUGAAAGACUUGUCACCUGUCAUUGUAACACAGCUGGCUUUAGCAAUAGCAGACCUUGCCCUACAGAUGCCCUCUUGGAAGGGAUGUGUACAAACGCUGGUAGAAAAAUAUAGCAAUGAUGUAACUUCUUUGCCUUUUUUGCUGGAGAUCCUUACAGUGUUACCUGAAGAAGUGCACAGUCGUUCCUUGCGGAUUGGCGCCAACAGGCGCACAGAGAUUAUAGAAGACUUAGCCUUCUACUCUAGUACCGUGGUAUCUUUAUUGAUGACAUGUGUAGAAAAAGCAGGAACUGAUGAGAAGAUGUUUAUGAAGGUCUUCCGCUGUUUGGGAAGUUGGUUUAACUUGGGAGUUCUCGAUAGUAACUUCAUGGCUAACAAUAAGUUAUUAGCACUUCUGUUUGAGGUUUUGCAACAGGAUAAGACUUCCUCUAACCUACACGAAGCUGCUUCAGACUGUGUGUGCUCGGCUCUCUAUGCCAUUGAGAAUGUGGAGACUAACUUGCCGUUAGCCAUGCAGCUUUUCCAGGGAGUCCUGACUUUGGAGACUGCCUACCAUAUGUCUGUGGCCCGGGAAGAUCUAGACAAAGUUCUCAACUACUGCCGCGUCUUCACUGAACUCUGUGAAACUUUCCUGGAAAAAAUUGUUUGUACUCCAGGCCAGGGGCUGGGAGACCUGCGGACUUUGGAGCUGCUCCUCAUCUGUGCAGGCCACCCUCAGUAUGAGGUAGUAGAAAUUUCCUUUAACUUUUGGUACCGACUAGGAGAACAUUUGUACAAAACCAAUGAUGAGGUUAUUCACAGCAUCUUCAAAGCGUACAUUCAGAGGCUGCUUCAUGCCUUGGCUCGACACUGCCAGUUAGAACCAGACCAUGAGGGAGUUCCUGAAGAGACUGAUGACUUUGGGGAGUUUCGAAUGAGAGUGUCAGACCUGGUGAAGGACUUGAUUUUCUUGAUUGGAUCUAUGGAGUGUUUUGCUCAGUUGUAUUCUACUCUGAAAGAAGGCAACCCACCCUGGGAGGUGACAGAAGCCGUUCUCUUUAUCAUGGCUGCUAUAGCAAAGAGUGUUGAUCCGGAGAACAAUCCUACCCUGGUGGAGGUGCUGGAGGGAGUUGUGCGGCUCCCGGAGACUGUGCACACAGCUGUGCGGUACACCAGCAUCGAGCUGGUGGGCGAGAUGAGCGAAGUGGUGGACCGCAACCCCCAGUUUCUGGACCCUGUAUUGGGCUAUUUGAUGAAAGGCCUGUGUGAAAAGCCUCUUGCUUCUGCUGCAGCUAAAGCCAUUCAUAACAUUUGUUCAGUUUGUCGGGAUCAUAUGGCUCAGCACUUUAAUGGACUCCUAGAAAUUGCCCACUCCCUUGAUUCUUUCAUGCUGUCUCCCGAAGCUGCUGUGGGCUUGCUAAAAGGAACAGCUCUGGUCCUAGCAAGACUACCUUUGGAUAAGAUUACGGAAUGUCUUAGUGAGUUAUGUUCUGUUCAGGUUAUGGCAUUGAAGAAGCUGUUGUCUCAGGAGCCCAGCAAUGGCUUAUCUGCAGACCCCACUGUGUUCCUAGAUCGCCUGGCAGUGAUAUUCAGACACACCAAUCCUAUUGUAGAAAAUGGACAGACUCAUCCGUGCCAAAAAGUCAUCCAGGAAAUAUGGCCAGUCUUGUCUGAGACUCUGAACAAGCACCGAGCUGACAAUCGCAUCGUGGAGCGUUGCUGCAGAUGCCUGCGCUUUGCUGUUCGCUGUGUGGGCAAAGGGUCUGCAGCUUUGCUACAGCCACUAGUCACACAGAUGGUGAGUGUGUACCAUGUACAUCAGCACUCCUGUUUCCUGUACCUCGGCAGUAUCCUUGUGGAUGAAUAUGGCAUGGAAGAAGGCUGUCGGCAGGGGUUGUUAGACAUGCUGCAGGCGCUAUGCAUUCCCACAUUUCAGCUCCUAGAACAGCAAAAUGGUCUCCAAAAUCACCCUGACACUGUAGAUGACCUAUUCAGGUUAGCCACCCGGUUUAUUCAGCGCAGCCCCGUCACCUUGCUGAGGAGCCAAGUAGUCAUCCCGAUCUUACAGUGGGCCAUUGCGUCUACCACCUUGGACCACAGAGAUGCCAACUGCAGUGUCAUGAGGUUCCUGCGAGACCUCAUCCACACAGGAGUCGCAAACGAUCAUGAAGAGGACUUUGAGUUGAGGAAGGAACUGAUUGGCCAGGUGAUGAACCAGCUUGGGCAGCAGCUUGUAAGCCAGCUGCUCCACACAUGCUGCUUCUGUCUGCCCCCUUACACCCUACCAGAUGUGGCGGAAGUGCUCUGGGAGAUCAUGCAGGUCGACAGGCCGACUUUCUGUCGGUGGCUAGAGAAUUCCUUGAAAGGUUUGCCAAAGGAGACAACGGUGGGAGCUGUUACAGUGACACACAAACAACUUACAGAUUUCCACAAGCAAGUCACUAGUCAGGGACCACCGCGCCCACCCGCCUUCUGUCUUCCAGUGCUGAGGAAUGUAAGCAGGUCUGCUGGGCCUUGCGAGACUUCACCCGGCUGUUCCGAUAGCUCAAGCUCCCGCCCCCGCACUGUGCCUGUCCCAGGAAUGUCUUUUUUAUUAGAAGACAGGAAGAAAACAACCCAGACUGUGUCCCACAAUCAGAAACCUCCGUUGUGGCAGAGGGGCCUUGGCUGCCACCAGAGCAUCCUGCCAGACAGGGAGAGACUUCAACCUUCGAGGCACCCUAAGGAGUCCCUGUGUGGGGCGUGAGGGAGAAACAGCACGGUUUUUAAGGAUGGCUGCAGCCUGUCCGAUGUGGUGGGAGGGGAACUAGUUUCCUGGUGAACUUCUUUUCUAAACGGAAAAAUAAUUUAAGGAAAUUUAAGAAAAGAAAAAAAAAAUUACCAAAAAAAAAAAAAAAAAAAAAAGCUGAGCUGAAAGCAGAACUGCCACGCUGACCUGGCAGCAGAUGCUGCGCACACCCAGACACACCAGCAUGCAGUGCACACGGGAACAACAGUGAGAGCUUGAGACAGCACCUGAGGGAAGUGGGGGGAGGGGCACUGCUCAGUUGGAGUCGAGACUCAGGCCGCUCCCGCCCUCUGUUCUCCUUCCUUACACCGGCCAACCCAGGAACACACACACCAGCUGCCCACCUUUAGAGACGUCACGCAAGGAGCCUGCUCUGUUUUCUGCCGUGGUCAUGGGUGGCGGUCAGGACCAGCCAGGGCCAGAGUUGCUAUCCAUGUAGAGCACAGCCCUGGCUGCCGAGUUGCCGUGUCUGCUCCAGCUCCCAUGCGUUUGCCAUCAGCCCUGGGGACAAGCCAAAACUGGGGUGGAUGGAGAGGACACAGAUGUGUAUUAAAUUUUUUUUUUCUUAGUGAAUUCAUCCAUAAGAUGGGGGGAAGCAGAACAGAGGGUGAGAGUAUGGAGAAAAUGUAUUUGCAGGACUACCUGUAUUUUGCUAAAAAGUGUGAAAAUUAAUUGCCUUCAAGGGCACUGUUCUGUCCUGUGGUGUAGCCAUCUCAAGAAUAAAUCAACAGCACCAAAAAAAAAAAAAAAGGGCAGAAAAAAUAAAAACCAAUUUUUAAAAUUUUA